CUUCUUCUCCACUCCCUGCUAAAAAGCGCCUCCACCAUUUUCUUUAUCUUUUAAAUCCAAUAAAAACCCCAAAUUUAUUCAUAUUUUUUUUUAUAAUUGUAUAGAUCAAGAUUUAUUUUCUUGAAUCUGUUCUUUAAAUAUAUAUUUAUUAUAUAUAAUAUGUCAACAGCCCUAAAUCCCUGCAAACACCUAUCAGAUUACAAACAAAGAUAUGGGCUAAAAGGUUUUAACUUGAUAAAGAAAUGGGUCAAAAAAAGCCCAUAUGGAAAAACCCAUAGAAAAGAUUCAAACUUGAUGAUACCCAGAUGUAGUUUUUGUUGUGGGUAUGAAGGGAGACUAUAUAUAUGCUUGAUCUGUUCAUCUAUAUCUUGUUAUGAAUCAAAUCAUGCCCUUUUGCAUUCCCAUAAUCAUAUAGGUCAUGAUAUUGCUGUUGACAUAAAAAGAUCUGAACUUUAUUGUUUUUCUUGUGAGGAUCAGGUUUAUGAUCUUGAUUUUGAUAGAAUUGUGUUGUGUGAGCAGAUUUUAGGACUAGGAAAUAGUAUAAAAAAUGAGAAGCUUGAUCUGGUUCGAUCUAUUAGCAGUAUUGAUAAUAGUUAUAAUGGGAAAAGAAAAAGAUUGAAUUUUGAGGUUGGGUUGAAUUCUGAUUUCAAGAAUUUGAAAAGAAUUGUGAUUGUUAGUGGUAGUGGUAAUGGUGGUGAUUGGGAUCAUGGAAGGCGGAUAUCGAAAUCUUGUUUUCCUGUUGGGUUAAGAGGUUUGAAUAAUCUGGGGAAUACGUGUUUUAUGAAUUCAGUGUUGCAAGCAUUGUUACAUGCUCCACCUUUUAGGAAUUAUUUUCUUAAUGGUAGACAUGAGCGUAAUACUUGUCGAAAAGAGUCUGGUGAUCGGGUGUGUUUGUCGUGUGACAUUGAUGUUAUCUUCUCCGCGGUGUAUUCUGGUGAUCGGGUGCCUUACAGUCCAGCUCAAUUUCUAUACAGUUGGUGGCGGCUUUCAGAAAAUCUUGCUUGUUAUGAGCAGCAAGAUGCUCAUGAAUUCUUUAUGUCCAUGCUUGACCGAAUCCAUGAGAAAGAAGGGAAAACUAAAAACACAAAUAAAGAUAAUGGAGAAUGCCAUUGUGUAGUUCAUAAAGCGUUUUCCGGACUACUAAGAUCAGAUGUUACUUGCACAACCUGCGGUUUCACUUCCACAACUUAUGAUCCUUGUGUGGAUUUAUCUCUUGAUUUCAACACAAACACUAACCAUAUCUCAUCUUACAAACCCCAAAAGUCGACUGAAACCACCAUAUCGACUCUCACGAGUUGCUUAGAUCUCUUCACAAGACCAGAAAAAUUGGGGUCUGACCAGAAAUUAUAUUGCCAAAAUUGUCGAGAAAGACAUGAAUCUGUGAAGCAAAUGUCUAUAAAAAGACUCCCUUGGGUGUUGUGUUUACACGUGAAACGAUUUGAACACUCAUUAGUAAGAAAAGCGUCGCGAAAGAUUGACCGACACCUACAGUUCCCGUUUUCUUUAGAUAUGAUGCCUUAUGUGUCAUCAUCGAUUGUGAGAAAAAGAUUCGGAAACAGAAUCUUUGCAUUUGAAGGUGAUGAGUCCGAUACUUCCACAAAAUUUGAGGUUUUUGCAGUGAUUACUCAUUCGGGCAUGCUUGAAUCUGGUCAUUAUAUCACAUAUUUACGUCUAAAUGAGCAAUGGUACAAGUGCGAUGACGCAUGGAUCACUGAAGUGGACGAUGAAGUGGUUAGAGCGUCACAGAUAUACUUGGUGUUUUAUGUUAAAAAACCAAGCUCUGGUCACAAAUCCAGUGAAGAAGUCGGUUGCCAUCUCCGAGCUUCUCCAUCUGGCGACUCGUAUGUGUCAAUUGCUGGUUGUUGCUAAAUGAUGGAUCUGGUGCCCCUUGCUGCAUUGAUGGGUUGUUGCACCUUUCGACUUCCGUGGUUUGUGUCAUGGGUCGGGGAUAGAAUUCACUUGCAGAAGAAUGCAAAAUAAGGUGUCAUUUAUGAAGGAAUGAAAAAAGAGGAUGAAAAAGCCAUCAAGUUAAUUUGGUGUCUUGUAUGUACAGAGUGAAUUAUUUUGUUCAAGAAGUAAGAGGGCUUCUUUUCUUUCUGUUUUUCUCAUUGAGGACUUGCUAUUUUUUAAUGCAUUUCUCUAACUUGGAAUGUGUAUUCCAAUCUUAUAAAUGUAGCUUUUCCUAUGUUGAAGAGCUUGUAAAAAGUUUAUUUACAUAUUUUUUUGACC